CUCUUCCAUAAAUCAAUCUUUAGAUACAUCGUAGGCUCCUCAGGAGAGAGAGGUAGAAAAGGCCGACCAUGUUUUGCUCUUCUUAUCUACCGUUUUCCCGCCUUUCUCCUCACCAGCAUACAACAGCUGUAGUCUCAGAGAAAUUCAGGAAUUGUUCUAAACAGAAAGUGAAAUUGGGUGUUGCUGAGAAGUCUAUAUGCAUCUCAUCACCAUCAUCAGCUCUUCAGAAAUCCAUUCCUUUUGCUGCUGCUUCUGUUUCUAUUCUUCUGUGGUCAUUUCCAGUUAAUGCUGGAAUUCUCUCAGGAUUCUCGGGCUUAGAAUCAAUGCCUGGCCCUCAGCUACCUCAGUUUGAUUUUCUCACACAACGGAAUGAAGAAAACCAAAAGAAGUAUGCAGAGUUCGAUUCAAGAUUUAAAUCAUCUCCAAUGCUUAAGGAGCUCUUGGAAAAAUCUAAGUCGAACAAAGAAAAGAAUCGGCAACAGAUCCAAGACAAGUAUUGCAUCCGUGGAGCGGAGUGGGGUGUAGGCGACUGUUCGACCCAGGGCAUGACACCUGAAGAAAAGGAUAACUUCAUUUCCAUGUUGAAGCAGAAAUCUGGAGGAGACUGAGCAAAUCAUGCUUUUAUGUUGUAUGACUCUUCUUGCUAAAUAUAUUUGUCAUUAUAUAUAUAUUUUUUGGCUAUUAGGAAUGUAUUUAUUUUCCAUAUGGUGGAUACCUGUAUAAAUCAUUAAGGGCCCCUUUCGAUAGGUGGAAAGAAAUUUGAGGAAAAUGGUCUUUUUCCAGAGAUGUUGUUUCUAGGAAACAGUGAGAAAUGAAAAGCUGUCUGCCUCGA